AUGAGUCAACACAUGACGGACGCUCCUCCCUUGGAUGAGCAGAAAAAGUCUCCUCGUCUUUCCACUUCUCCAGCCCACACCGAUGAGCUGGAAAUCGAGAUUUUACAGCUCGACCCUUACGGCAUUCCUUUAUCCCCUUCGCCGACGACAGAUCCCCUAGAUCCACUGAACUGGUCUAAAUCACAGAAGAGCCUUAUUUUGUUUAUAGCAUGUUAUUCAGGAUUUCUAUCCGUGUAUAUGACAGGAACACCCAUUGCGUCGUUCUAUUUACUUGAAGAGCAGUUCAAUGCUUCCUACUCUAUGGUCAAUUGGACAAUCGCCAUUCCCUCUUUAGGCUUGAUGGUCGGUCCGCUCUUGUUCUCAGCCCUGGGUGAUCGCUGGGGUCGCCGACCCAUCCUCAUCGGUACAUGCGUCCUCACAAUUCUUGCGACAGGUUGUACAACAAUCAGGUCUAUAGGACUCGGAGGAUACAUGGUCACUCGGCUUAUACAGGGCAUCGGUGCUGGUCCGUCCAUUGUCGGUGGGUUAAGUAUCAUCCGCGACAUUUCGUUUGAGCACGAGCGUGGGUUUAUGAUUGGCCUCUGGGUUAUGGGACUUGAUAUCGGCGGUACUAUGGGCUGCCUAGUUGGAGGCUUUACAGCUUUAGCCAACCAAUACUGGGCUGGUUACCAUGUUGUAAUUGCCUAUGGCGUCUUGCUAAUUCUGGAAGUCUUUUUCCUGCCAGAAACGCUGUUUCCCCGCGAUCUGAUAUUGGACCGAAUUAGGAAUGGGCAAUCAUUUGCCGAUAUCAACCGAACGAAGAUGAUUAAACCUUGGAAUGUGAUCGAAAUUCCUGGUGUAGCUCAUCCCCGCCCAGAACAAGGAAUCAUAAGAUUUUGCAAGAUGUGGUCGCAUCCCAGGCUGGUCCUCGGCGUUUUGCCUUAUGUUUUCUGUCUGUACUGGUGGGUCUUAUCCUUCAUGACCAUGGUGCCUGCCGCAUACUCCAGUUAUCAGCCUGAAAUCCAGGGACUUCUUUUCUCUGGUCUUAUAGUUGGAACAAUUGCAGCCGAGCUCUUGACUUCCGGUAGGCUUAGCGACAUCAUUUGCUCCCGCUUGGCGACAGCAAAUAACAACAUCCGAACUCCCGAAAUGCGACUCUACCUGAUGUAUCCUGGUGUGGUCCUUGCAUCGGCAGGAACAAUUAUUUGGGGCCUCUCAAUCGAUCGCCAAUGGCACUGGAUCACAGGCCAAGUCGCUUUCUUUCUAUUCUCUGCUGGAAUGCAAAUUGGAAAUUGCGCUGUCUCGACCUACAUUUUCGAUUGCUACUCGGAACAUAUUACCGAGAUUAUGACAUUCUAUGCCGUCGUAUUGAACUUUUCUGCCUUUGUCGAGCCAUGGUUCAUUAAUUAUUGGGUUGAAGCCGCUAUACCUGGUGUUUUGUCACGCAGGGAUUAA